AUGGCCACACUCAAGCCCGAUGUUAACGAUCCGGACUAUAACGAGAGUAUCACACUCAAACUUGACGCACUUAACUCUCAAUGGAGAGUCUCAUGUGCACUUUCACGGAUCUGGGAGCAUUGGACUGCCGGGUCAUUAAGCCCUCGUUGUAGUCAUUACGAGCAGAAAACUCCACCUCCCGACGAUCAACUCACCCCUAAGAGCCUAUACCUUCGAAACUUCUACCGCAAUUAUGGUAUGGGUGCCGACACCCCGUGGAUCGAGACACCGACACCUCCUGAAGAAGCACAAGCGUCGCUCGAAGCAGGCCGGGCGUUGCUUGCAAAGAUUGCGCACUUAAUGCCAAAACCAAGACGCAUAAUUAUCAAGCAAGGAGUCCAGCAUGCUAUCAACGAACCCAAAAGGCAAUAUGGCAUCACCAAAUCAAGGAAGCCAGCCCGAAAACACACUCCCCACUCCAUGGUUACUCGCACAAGAUCGCUUUCAACGCGAGGGCAUCGAUUGUUUGAUCUGGAACAUCCACCACCGAAAGAAGAAACAUGCCAGGAGGGAAUUGGAAUCAUGCAGUCGAUUCCUUGA